AUGUCUGACUAAAUUUGUAUUUUUACUAGGGACGGGGUUUCACUAUGUUGGCCAGGCUGGUCUCCAACUCCUGAUCUCGUGAUCCGUCCGCCCCGACCUCCCAAAGUGCUAGGAUUAUAGGCAUAAGCCACCACGCCCGGCCUCUUUUUUUUCUUUUUCUUUUUUUUAUCUGGAGACUGAGUUUUGCACUUGUUGCCCAGGCUGGAGUGCAAUGGUGCGAUCUCAGCUCACUGCAAUCUCCACCUCAGCAGGAGAGCAGGAAUCUUCAGUGAUCCACCGGCAGAUCUGCAGCCAUUGUGGGCACCUGUUCCUCCCGCGACCUUUGUGCCCGCCUCUCUCCUUCCAGUACCUAUUGCAUGACCCCCCACGUCCGCCUCCCGCCAUUGCCAGCAAGUGCCUGGCGCGGGUACCUGGCUGCGCUUAUUAAUCCGUUAAGCUCGCUCUGUCACGGGCGCCAUUAUGUGCUCACGCGCCCGCUCCCUCAGGUUUAAAAGGCGCGUUGCCCGGCAACAGAAGAAACUGCUGGCUUAGCCUUUGGCCGAGUUGGCGGCUGGACGAGGACGCUCAGAGCCCAGCUCUCGAGAGUUCAAGCAACCGACGGUUCCCCACUGCUCCCAGGAGCGGUUACCUGGGCACUCUGUGCCCCUCCUUCCUGUUCGGGCCCAGGCCGAGGACCUGCCAGUAGGGCUCAGUUGCCUGGAGCCCGUUCAGCCCAUCCCCCAGUUCACUUUGCUUGUGGAAUCUCCCCGUUGCUCCUGCCCGUGGACUGAGUGGCAGGCCAUCCUACAAGCACCCGGACACUUGACAUCAGUGGUGUCAAGACAACUCUAAGAAGGUUUUCCGUGAUCCCGCAAGCCCUGCGGUCCUUCCUGGGAUCCUGCCUUCAAUUUGAUUGCACAGGUACCACAGCAAGCCAGUGCUGUGUGCUCCGAGUUCCAGGGCGUCCUCCAGCUCAGCCACUGCACUGAGAACAUGGACUCUCUGUGGGGCCCAGGAGCCGGGAGUCACCCCUUUGGGGUCCACAACACCCGGCUGUCCCCAGACUUGUGUCCAGGGAAGAUAGUGUUGAGGGCCCUCAAGGAGAGCGGGGCAGGGAUGCCUGAGCAGGACAAGGACCCUAGAGUCCAAGAGAAUCCUGGUGAUCAGAGAAGGGUCCCCGAGGUCACCGGGGAUGCAUGGUCUGCAUUUCGGCCCCUGCGGGACAAUGGAGGCCUCUCUCCCUUUGUGCCCAGGCCCGGGCCUCUGCAGACAGACCUCCAUGCCCAGAGGUCAGAAAUCAGAUCUAACCAGACAUCCCAGACCUCCUGGACGAGCUCCUGCACCAACCGAAAUGCCAUCUCCAGCUCCUACAGCUCCACGGGAGGCUUGCCGGGGCUAAAGCGGAGGAGGGGGCCAGCCUCAUCCCACUGCCAGCUGACCCUCAGUUCCUCAAAGACAGUGAGUGAGGACAGGCCUCAGGCUGUCUCUUCAGGUCACACCCAGUGUGAAAAGGGAGCAGAUAUAGCAUCAGGGCAGACACUCACCCUCAGGAAUGACUCCUCCACAUCCGAGGCCUCUAGGCCCAGUACACACAAGUUUCCCCUGCUGCCACGCAGGCGAGGGGAGCCUUUGAUGCUGCCACCUCCCUUAGAGCUGGGGUACCGGGUUCCUGUUGAAGACCUUGACCGGGAGAAGGAGGCGGCAUUCCAGCGCAUCAACAGUGCGCUGCAGGUUGAGGACCAGGCCAUCUCGGACUGCAGACCCUCACGGCCUUCCCACACUUUGUCCUCACUUGCAACAGGGGCUUCUGGUCCGCCUGCCGUUUCUAAAGCACCCAGUAUGGAUGCACAGCAGGAGACACACAAGUCCCAAGACUGCCUGGGCCUACUGGCCCCCUUAGCAUCUGCUGCAGGGGUCCCCUCUACAGCUCCCAUGUCUGGGAAGAAGCACAGACCACCAGGCCCCCUGUUCUCCUCCUCAGAUCCCCUUCCUGCCACCUCUUCCCAUUCCCAGGACUCAGCCCAGGUCACCUCGCUGAUUCCUGCCCCCUUCCCAGCUGCAAGCAUGGAUGCGGGCAUGAGAAGAACAAGGCGUGGCACUUCUGCUCCUGCAGCUGCCGCAGCAGCCCCUCCCCCCUCCACAUUGAACCCCACGUUGGGGUCACUACUGGAGUGGAUGGAGGCCCUUCACAUUUCUGGGCCUCAGCCACAGCUGCAGCAGGUGCCCAGAGGUCAGAACCAGAGAUCCCAGACCUCCCGGACCAGCUCGUGCCCCAAACGAAAGGCCAUCUCGAGCCCCUACAGCUCUACGGGAGGCCUCCCGGAACUAAAGCGGAGGAGGGGGCCAGCCUCAUCCCACUGCCAGCUGACCCUCAGUUCCUCAAACACAGUGAGUGAGGACGGACCUCAGGCUGUCUCUUCGGGUCACACCCAGUGUGAAAAGACGGCAGAUACAGCACCAGGGCAGACACUCGCCCCCAGGGGUGGCUCCCCCAGAUCCCAGGCCUCUAGGCCCCGUAGACGCAAGUUUCCCCUGCUGCCACGCAGGCGAGGGGAGCCUUUCUUUGAUGCUGCCACCUCCCUUAGAGAUGGGGUACCGGGUCCCUGCUGAAGACCUGGACCGGGAGAAGGAGGCGGCAUUCCAGUGCAUCAACAGUGCACUGCAGGUUGAGGACCAGGCCAUCUCGGACUGCAGACCCUCACGGCCUUCCCACACUUUGUCCUCACUUGCAACAGGGGCUUCUGGUCUGCCUGCCGUUUCUAAAGCACCCAGUAUGGAUGCACAGCAGGAGACACACAAGUCCCAAGACUGCCUGGGCCUAGUGGCCCCCCUGCAUCUGCUGCACAGGCCUGUAGUCCCAGCUACUUGGGAGGCUGAGGCAGGAGAACGGCAUAAACCCGGGAGGCAGAGCUUGCAGUGAGCUGAGAUCGUGCCACUGCACUCCAGCCUGGGUGACAGAGCGAGACUCCGUCUCAAAAAAAAGGAAAAGAAAAAAAGUUCUUGUGACAUUUGUGUAUGAAAUCAGCCUUCACUACAUGGAUAGGACCAGCACGCUUCCGCGGCACGACUCUGCGAUCUUACUACAUAUUUUUUAUUUUGUAUUUUUUUUAUUCCUUUUGAGACAGUCUCACUCUGUCACCCAGGCCGAAGUGCAGCCGAGAUCUCGGCUCACUGCAACCUCCACCUCUUGGGUUCAAGCAAUUCUCCUGUCUCAGCCUCCCAAGUAGCUGGGACUGCAGGCACACGUCAAAACGCCUGGCUAAUUUUUGUAUUUUUAGUAGAGAUGGAGUUUUGCCAUAUUGGUCAGGCUGGUCUCGAACUCCUGACCUCAGGUGAUCGACCUGUCUUAGCCCCCCGAACUGCUAGAAUUACAGGUGUAUGUUUAUUUAUUUAUUUAUUUAAGAUGGAAUCUUGCUCUGUAUUUAUUAAGUUAUUUAUUUGAGAUGGAGUCUUGCUCCAUCGCCCAGGCUAGAGUGCAGUGGUGCAAUCUCGGCUCCCUGCAACCUCUGACUUCCAGUUUCAAGUGAUUCUCCUGCCUCAGUGUCCCAAGUAGCUGGGAUUACAGGUGCCUGCCACCACAGCUGGCUACUUUUUGUAUUUUUAGUAGAGACAGUGUUUCACCGUCUUGGCCAGGCUGGUCUCGGGCUCCUGACCUCAUGAACCACCUGCCUCAGCCUCCCAAAGUGUUGGGACUACAGGCCUAAGGCACCAUGCUCGGCCAUAUUUAUUUAUUUAAUUAUUUAGAGACAAAGUCUUGCUCUGUCACCCAGGCUGGAGUGCAGUGGCACCAUCUCAGCUCACUGCAGCCUCCGCCUCCGAGGUUUAAGCGAUUCUCAUGCCUCAGCCUCCUGAGUAACUGGGACUACAGGUACUCACCACCAUGCAGGGAUAUUUUUUUUCUAUUUUUUUUAGAGACACGGUAUCACCAUGUUGGCCAGGCUGGUCUCGAACUCCUGACCUUAGGUGAUCUGACAGCCUCGUCCUCUCAAAGUACUGGGAUUACAGGCAUGAGCCACUGUGCCCGGCCUCUCACUACAUUUAAGUGACGCCAUGGCUCAUGCCUGUAAUCCUGGCACUUUGGGAGGCCAAGGCAGGUGGAUCACUUGAGGUCAGGAGUUCGACACGAGCCUGGCCAACAUGGGGAAACCCCGUCUCUAGUAAAAAUGUACAAAUUAGUCAGGCAUGAUGGUACAAGCCUGUAGGCCCAGCUACUUGGAAGGCUGAGGCAGGAGAAUCACUUUAACCGGGAGGCAGAGGUUGCAGUGAGCCAAUAUCAUGCCACUGCACUCCAGCUUGGGUGACAGAGUGAGACACCGUCUCAAAAAAAAGAAAAUAGAAAAACAUAUGAUGCCAGGGUGUCUCGGCCUCAAUACCUGCAUGAGCACAGUCAUGUCCAGGCCAGGGCUGCUGGUCGAGGUCCGGCCCCAUCUCUUUCAGCAGAAAGGGAGUAAGCUUGCAGGGAGGCUGGGGGACAAGAUCCCAGGAUCUCAGCCUCCGCUCAUGGAUCAGCUCUGAGACCCCGAGUGAGCUGGGGAUGCUCUGUGUGCAUUGGCUUCCCCAGCUGUCAAGUAAAGGGAUUGGAUGAGGAAGUCUUGUCAAGGUGGAAUGAUCUCAGAUUUGGGGCAGCAGUGAAUGAUCCCGCUCCCUGGGCCAUGCCAGUGGCCCGGCCUCGGCUCAACACAGCCCCAACACUCUGGAAUGGGGAUGAGGGGGCAGUCAGCUCUUGCUCCUAGUAAGAGAGAUGCAAUAGGGCUCUGUGGCUGAGCUGGGUGCCUUGCCUCACACCUGUAAUCCCAACCUUUGAGAGGCCGAGGCGGGAGGAUUGCUUGAGGCCGGGAAUUUUGACAAUAGCCUGGGCAACAUAGCCAGACCCCAUGUCUACAAAAUAAUAAUAAAACACACAGCUAUAGUCCAAGCUACUUGGCAGGCUGAGGCAGGAAGUUCCCUUGAGUCCGGGAAUUGGAGGCUGCAUUGAGCUAUAAUCGCACCACUGCACUCCAGCUUGGGUGACAAAGUGAGACCCUGUCUCUAAAAGAAAAAAAAAUUGGCCUGUGAGCAUGGGUUUGAUCUUCAAACAGGACCGGGAGGGUAGGGACAGACAGUGCUGUCACCCUUAGGUGCUGAACACUCAGAAACGGGCCAGCGGCAGCCCUGUCCUCACCUGCAGACACCAGAUUGGGCAGAACAGCACGUGGCACUUGCAGCUCUUGCAGUGAGGGCAGAACCCAGUGUCAACCCUUCUGCCUGUGGGAGGGGCUGCUGAGGCCUGCAGAGAGGCCAGGGUGGAGGCUCAUCCCCUUGUCCAGCCCUUGGUGUGGUCUCCACCAGGUCCCCAGCCCACCAGUGUAGGGCGCCCCUGAGCCUGCUGCUGCCACGGGCCCUGUCUCUACCCAGGACGUCCCCCCACCCUCGCAGUGUCAGGGAAAUGAUCAUGGUGGUGGUGACACUCUGCAGGCAGGGCUGCUGAGAGAAGCUGAGAAGGGUCACACUGCAGGCAGGGGCCCGUGUGACAAGCCCCUCUCACCCCGAGAGAGCUGACCAGGCAGCUCACGAGCAGAGCCACAUCCCGGGAGUCCGAGAAAGGUUCUGGCUGGGCUCAGCCACCUCAUUGGCCACGGGCAGCCUUUGUCGUGUGAGCCUUGCUCUCCUGGGGAGGCUCAGGCUGACGGCUGAUGUGGGCAUUGCCGAGGGUAACCUGUGGCCCAGUGUAUAUGGCCGGCUCUCCUCAAGCUGCAUUCAUUCAAAGUAGGACCCAGGGUGCAUGCCCAUCUCCAGCCCAGGGCAGCUCCCCUGUAAGCUGGGUGAGCUACUGAAGCCAAAGCGGGAGGCAGCUGACAACACCACCCACGGCCCAUGCGGAGGUGGUAGAAAGGCUGGACUCAGCAGGAACACCAAAUCCCGGACCAGGCAGAAACCACCCAAGACUGAGGAGCUCGUGCCAGAGCGGUGGCCACAGAUGGCCCGAUUAGCCAGAGGUUUCCAGGCCAUCUGUCCGCCUCCAGGAGAUGGACUGGGACCUUUAGACAUCGGUGGAGAACAGGAUGCUCUGUCUCUUGCUGUCCAGGGCAGGGAUGGCCUCCAGCCGCAAGAAAGGACCGAAGCAGAGGGUGCUGUUUCAACGCCACCACCAGGAGAGAGGCAGAGGGGCUGUGCCGUGCUAGAGUCCUCAGGGAGGGAGUGACCUCGACCCUGGCUGUGCUGCAAGCUGACUCCAGCCUUGGGGUCAGCAGCACCCGGU